GCAUCGUGCAUGUGUCAUCGUCAUCCGUCAACUGCAGCAGCAGUUGCCUUGCCAGGAAUUGUGAGAAAAUUUUGUUUUUAGCAGAUAAAUUAGAGGACAAAAUUAGAAUAAAACAAUUUACAAUUGUGCACAUGUACCAUGGAAGACGACUAUCUGAUUGUCCCAAGCGGCCCACCGGAGUCCUACUGCCGGCUGUGCCUCUCCGAGGCCAAUGUUGAGGUCCUACUCGUCGUUCCGGAUGGAUUUGUGCAACCGAAUCAGCGACUGGUGGACCUGAUCAAGCGAUAUGUAGAAAUUGGUCUGUACCCGUCGGUGGACAGCCCGUGCGGAAUUUGCAGCACUUGCCGAAUGAUGCUGGAAGAAUUCGAACUGUUCCGCGAACGGUGCCUACGGUGCGAUUAUGUCCUUACCGGGAAAGAGCGCCACGUACCGUUCGAGUGUACUGAAUGUCCGAGUAAGUUCCGGUUCAAAGUCGAGUUUGAACGGCAUUGGAAAUCCAAUCACGAGCAGUUCUUCUUGUGUGAUCUGUGCCCGGCUGGAUUUUCAACGCAGGGCAUGCUGGAUCUUCACCGAGAACAGUAUCACAUUGCCAAUGCUUGUGAGGGAUUGCACUGCACUUGCUGUCCGCGGGUUUUUGCCGACAACAAUCAGCUCCAAUUUCAUAUCCAACUGUUGCAUACUUCGACAGUAACAACAGGGGAUUUUAUUUCUCCGCCAGCGAAAAAAAGUAAACCGGCCAAGAAACCUAAAGCCUCCAAGCCUGUGCAGCAGGAUCCCAAAAACCCUGAUAGACCGUAUGAAUGUAAGGCUUGUCGAAUCAGAUUUAGUUUUAUCGGUUCUUUGACUCGUCACUUAGCUGAAAAGCAUAAAAAUUUUACCCGCGUUACAAAAAAGAGGAAAAAUGCAGUUAAACCAAUUCCGGAACAAGCGGAAAUGCCAUUGCUGUUGAUUCAUGAACCGGAUCCUUCUCCAUCCGUUGCAACUAUCAACACGGAGCCGACAUUCAUGGAAACAAAUAAUCACCAAAUUCCAAUCGAAAAUGAUCCAGAAGAAACCUACGAACAAGCUCAAGUGAUGGAGGAUUCUGAACAUCCUGUGGUCCAUCCAUUUGUCAUUGCUUUAACUCGUUUGGAUCCUAACUUGAUAGCUCCCGUACCCUAUUCGGAAAUUCCCUUGGGAAAAUUCUACCAUGCCUUACAAAGACAAACAGAACCGAUUGCAGGGGACCUGAUGGAUGACGAAAUUAUGAAGAACUACCCCUCAUACACGAAAAAGGUCAUCAAAAAAGUCCAGUGCGAGAUUUGCUUCUUGGAAUUUGCGGAAAAACGUCACCUGGAUCGGCACAAAACGAUCAUACACGAGGGAAAUUUCCACACUUGUCCGGAGUGUUUCCGACAGUUCCCGGACAAGAGCAGCUUGGACCGCCACAGCUAUCUGCACACCAACGAUUUUCCCUUUGUGUGCGACGAGUGCCCACUGGGCUUCGUCCGGCUCGGGUUGCUGAACAAGCACAAGGAAAAGUCCCACUAUCCGGGAGCCCCCAAACAGGAGCUGUUCUACUGUCCGUACUGUAGUCGCCCGUUCAACGCUAAGGCACAGAUCAGGUCCCACAUUAUGUUCCUGCAUAGUGACCGGUCCGAUGAUGUUUAUAAUCUAUCAUACUAAUAUCCUGCUCGUAUAUAUGUUUUGAAAGCAUUGUUCAAUUAUUUUAUGGUGUCAUCCACAAAUUAUGUAAAGAUAAAUUUUGUAUAUGUUCGUGGAAGGCAAAUCCAACCCAAAAAAUAGUUUACAUAAAUUGUGUAGGUUUAUUUCUGAUGCUUUGGAAACAAUUCAAACAUUAUCCUGACAACAGAUCUGACAGCUGCAUAGAAAGAAAAGGAAUUUAAUUUCACCGAGAGAAGCAGACCUGCGAACCAGCUCUUGGGCCGAAGAGAAUGGCGAAUAAUUGGUGCGAGCUGAUAUGGAACAUCUGGAUAAUAUAGCACAAAAUAUACAGAUCAAGAUUUAUUUUCAUUCUGCAUACAUCAACGUAUAGGGUAACGGUAGGUUUUCUCGACAGAGUUCCUAUACUCUGAAAAGCUUCAACAUGAUCCUGUGUGCCGGUCGCUCGAGAAUUAAUGAAGAACCUAGCCAGUUGAAGCUGAAUUAACAACUUUACCAUAGGCAAUACCUGUCGGUUACUUAUAGCCUAUUCAGAUUACGAGCUUUAUUACGUGUUAAAGUGGAGAAAGAAAAUUUAAUGUGCAUUGGCAUCAAGCUACUCUUUAUCAUAUAAUAAAUGGCGUAAUAAAAAUAGGCUAUUACGUUGUGUUUAUCUCGGUUAUAAUGGUAAAUAUUAAAUUAAAAAUAAUUUGUCAAAAUAUAAAAUAAACAUGGCACGCAAAAGUA